AUGUCCAUUCCUGUGAAUCAUUUAGGAGCGACUAAUAUUGUGUUGGCUACUGAUAAUCCACGACAAUCUUCCACUUGUUUGGAAUCAGUUUCUGUUCAUGAUAAAACUGAAGUGCAUGUUGGAAGUCUUGGUUUAGGAACAGCCUUAGCCGUUGCUUAUGAUCUAUGCAGUGAUAAUGGGAUUGUGAAUCAGUUCAAUACCAACGCUAAUUUAUGUGCCUCAAAUCCUCAACUUGCAAAUUUCCUUUCAUUAUCUGCAAUCAAAUCACCGAAUUCACAAUUUUCGACUCAUUGUCGUAGUACAUCUCUAUCUGACCAACAUACAUAUAAUAUUUAUUCUAAUUAUUUUACAAAUAAUUCAUUAUGGACAUUACAACAUACUGAUAGUUACCUAACUCCUAUCUCAUCUGCAACUACAAUAUUUGAUGGUUCUAAUUCAAUAAAAUCACUCGCAAAUGAUAAUGAUCAUUCCAAAUCUAUUUCUUCCACUUGUGAUUUCUCAAAUAAAGGUAACUAUUUUCCUCAUGUCUCUCUUGAUAGUAGUGUAUGCCAACCAAAUGAUGUAGUUUGUUCAAUUGGAAGCAUGAUUGAUGGUCAUUACAAUAAUCAUCACAACAAUAUUGAUACCAGUCCACAUGUUUCUAAUUUACCUACUUCAUCGAGUGGGCAGAAGAUUAAUACAAAUAAUUCAGAUAAUGAGUGUAUAGGUAUUAAUCAAGGAAUUACAUCAAAUAAUUACGACAAUAAUAAUAUUGUUUUGAAGGAAACGACAGAUACAAAUCAUGUUACUUCAUCAUCUACUACUUCUAUUGAUGACAGUUUAUAUCAGUUAUCUGAGGAAGAAAUGAAAGAAAUAGAUACAUCACUUACAACAAAUGCCGAUCUCAUGGCUAGUCGUCAAUGGAAGUAUUAUAUUGAGACAAAUGAAUGGACACGUGCUACAUGUGCAUUGAUGGCAUGUUUAUUUACUAGAGAUCAAAUGGCUAAUUCAACUGUUUUAGGUCGUGGUGGUUCACAACGUGCCCGUCUUCCAAGCAAUCUAGUUGCCUAUGUUGUCACUACAAUCCGUCGACGAUUCAAUAAACCAGCCGCAGCUGUACGUGCUCGUAUGGCACAGAAAUGUAAAGAUGAACGACGUUUUGGUCGUAUACCUAAUUCCAAUGGAAAUUCAUGUAUAGAUGGAAAUUCUGAUUGUAAUAAUACACCAUCACCAGUUGCUGCUAUUUCAUCUAGUCGAUCAGGUACAAGAAAAACUCGUAAACGACCAGCUAAUUCAACAUCAACAUCAUCAUGUUCAUCUCAUUCAUUAAAUGGUAUAAAACAACCAUGUACACCAAAUUAUAAUAUUUAUCAAAUGAAUAUUACCAAUGAUGAUUGUUGUUCAUCAACAACAGAUUCUAAUCAACUUCCACCGAUAAAUUUAUCACCUAAUGGUAUGAGCUUAAGUGGUAUCGGUGAUGAUGUCAAUGGGGAAUAUGAUUGUAUGCUACAAACAUCUUUGGAUGAUUCAUUUACAUUAUUAGAUCAAUCUGAUGUUGUGAACUAUCCUCAAAUUUAUCCGCUUGUUAAUCAUAUCAAAACAAUCCCAUCAUCAUCACCAAUAAUUACAAUGACUAAUGGAGUAAAUAAUAUCAAUGGUUCAUGUAAUCUAUCUAAUACAUCGUGUAUAUCAAUAUUUUCCAAUGAUCCAUAGGCAUACAUUUUAUGGUUACUAUGUAAAUGGAUUUCUUCUUUUUUUUAAAAAUUAUAAUACUUGAUUCAAAUUGUCUACUUGUCUUUAUGUAUGUGAAUGUGAGAAAAUAAGCAAAUCAUCAUCAACAACAACAACAACUAAUCAACUAACAGCUACCCCCUACAUACAGUUAGUUACCGGGUAAUAUUAUUCUUUCAAUUUCUUCAUCUGUAAUUCGGUUGUGCUGUUGUAUUAUUAGCCUUCCAUUUUAUUUAUUUCUUUAUAUUUUUCUAAAUGUAUUUUUAUUGAAUCAUAAGUAAAUAAGUGAUGUUUUUUUUAUUCAGAUGUCAGAGAGAUAAAGAGAAAAAGGGAGAGGAGGUAAGAGUAGGAACAGUAGAGUAGGUACCUUGAAGAUCAAUUCUGAAAUGAAUGCCUACAAUAACAGUAGUUAUGGUUGUUGUUGUUGUUGUUGUCUGAAAUAAUACUUACUAUAAAAUCUACAAUAUAUUUUUGAUAUUUUCUAUCAAUUAUUCAAUCGAAUUAUUUCAUUUAGAUAUUUCGAAUAUAUAUUAGAUGAAUAUGUCAUUCACACUAUUGUGCCUAAUUCUCACUUUGACUCAUACUUUCUCUCCAUGUGCGUGCACGUAUGUGCGUGCGUGUGUGUGUAACUUCCCUUUUUUGUAUAAAUCAUAUUUGGAUUAUUAUUAUUAUUAUUAUUCAUUAUUGUAAUGUAUUAAUAUGGAUUCAUUAAGCAGUAAAAAAGGUGGUUACUAAUGCUCACAAUGAUCCGGUCAUUGUUUAUUUUGAUAUCUAAAACAAAAAAAAGAAAAAUGAUCUAUUCAUUUCACGGUCUUCCUUUCAAUUUUUCAUUUUGUUUUAUUCAUUUUAUUCUGGUUUACUUUUUAAAAUAAAACAUUUUUAUUUUGUUUCAAUGUUAAACGAUUAGUUAUUGGUCACAUAUGUUGUGUGGGUUUUUUUGGUGUUGAUGUUGGUUAGUGGUGGUGGUGGUUCUGGUGAUGAUUGUGUUAUUGUUCUGUUCUCCUUUUUUUAUUCAACAUCACCAAAGUUCAUUCCUUUUUCGGUGAUCUUGUUAAUCAUCAUCAUCAUAAUAAUAAAGCUCAAAAGUAAAAUAGGACAAUAUAACUGUUUACUUUAAUUAAAUAGUAUGAAUACUGAUUAUUAUUGAUCAUUACAGGAUGUUUUGUUUUGUUUUUCGGGCCUUUUCUUUGUCAUUUAUAUAUGAGUUAAUGGUUUCAACGACUACAUCUCUGUGCUAAUGUGGUGUGGCAACUCGAACUGAUGUACGUACGUACGAAGUUCUACGUUGUUACUGACUGACUGAGUUAAUGGUUUGUUUUUUUCUUUGCAUGUCUAUCAAAUAUACAAUUGAAUGAAUGUAUGAAGUUAUUCAGAUAUUCAAUUACAUAACCAUCAUUAUUUUAAACAAAGUAUAUCAUUAUAAUGUACACAAAUGUAUAUGCAAUAGGUGUGAUAUAUACACUUUCUUAAUCCUUCUAUCAUUGAAUCUAUCCACCAUUCUCUUCUAUUUUUAAUUGUAAUCAUUAUGAUGAAUAGUUCUUGUUAGCGUUUUUUUUUCUUUUUAACGAGUUAGUUUUCUACAAGAUGAGAUCGCUAACCCCAUGCUCAAUUCUCCUCUUUUAUCCGGGCUUGGGACUGAUAGUAACUCUAGAAAAGCUAUAGAUGGACUUCAUUAUAAAUAUCCUAUCUAUUUAUUACAUAACAUAAUUAUCUCAAUUAUUGUUAUGACAAUAUUAACAUUCCUACUUUUAAUGAAUUCAACAACAACUAAAAGAAAUUGUCUAACUUCUUCUUCUUUUGUAUUUUUGAUCUCUCAAUGUUGUUUCUUAUUGUGUUUUUUUUAAAUUGGGUUUUAUUUCAUUAUUAUGAUUGUUAUUUUCGGUUAAACUGAUGUUACUGGAUCAUCUGAUGUUGUUUAUUCAUGUUCAACAAAUUGCUUAUUAUUAUUAUACUUGUAAAUCUAUCUACUAAAGUAUUAUGCAUUCCCUUGCCCCCCCCCCACCCCGCCUCCAAUUUAAUUCUUCAUUGAUCGUCACUAGGCGUGUAUCAUCUCCUAUAUGAGUUUCUUUGAUUAUGUAACUUUGAUGAAUCCGGUGCACCUUCUAUAAAAUAUCAAAUACAAUUGCUUUAUUUAAACAAAUACUGCAAUUAUUAUUAUGAUUAUUAUUAUUUGUAAUUUGUGUUUUAUUCAAUUAUUGUCUCCUUUUGUUUUCUCUUCAGUAAAUCUUCUCAUUUGAUUUAUUGAUAUAAUUUGAUCGUUUUUUUUCUUCAAUUUAAUUUAUUAUUGUAUAUCAUCCAAUAGUUGCCUUCAAUUUAUAAUCAAUUACUUAAUUCCCCUUAUCCUCGGACUAUACUCCUCCACAAGGAGUAACAGGCAUAAGUAAAGUAAGUAAGUAAGUCCUCUUAUCCUACAUAUAUAUAUAUAUAUGCAUACAAUGUGUAUUUGUUUAAUUUUUAUGUAAGUCAAUGUGAAUUGAUGAAAGUUAUUCAUUACACAUAUAUAAACACACACAAACAAAACAAUUACAUCCCAAUUGAUAAAACUAAACAUUGAAACAAACAUUCUUGUAUUUCACUGUUGUUGUUACUGUGGUUGUUGUUUUAUUAUUAUUAUUAAUUUAUACAUAAAUAUCGGUCUACAUCCCUUUUUUCAUGGAUCAACAAAGAACAAAUAUGCGCGUCUCUUAAAAAAAAGUUGUUUAUUAUUAAUUACAAUAAUAAUGAAAUUUUAUUUUG